CGUUUCCCAAGUCCAUUUAUGAAAAUGUCGUCUUCGAUAGCUCUCUCUUUUCUUCUCUUGCUGGGCCUGGCUAGCAGCCACAACAUCCUGGUCUUCAUGCCAUUCGGAUCCCAUAGUCAUAAAGCCACUCUCAUCCCUCUUGUUCAAGGCUUAUUAGAGAGGAACCAUAGCGUGACCUUCAUCACCAACCAAGAAUCGACUGACCUUCGAUACCACAAAAUGAUGUACAACCUGGACGAAGUAGUUGUUCCCAACUUGAAUUAUUCGAUGCUCGAUCCGGAAAGCGCCGAGCAGAAUUUUUUCGAAUUAGCCGCCCAGCAUUCCAUCCGCUCCCAAUUGAAAAUCUUUCGCCAUUUAUCGAGUCAAAUAGACAAGGUCCUCGAGUACACUUACACUGAUGCAGGCGUCCAAUCAGUAUUACGUCACGGCCAAUUCGAUUUAGUCCUCUUGUCUCAAGUCGUCUCGUACGCCGGUUACCCGCUGGCUUGGCAUUUCCGUUGUCCUUUCAUCUUGUCCAGCCCGAAUGUUCUGAUGACAGAUUCUGCGUACCUGCUGGGCGAUUCUGAGCACACGGAGUAUGUCCCUUUUUUCCUGAUGGCCAUGACGGACAAAAUGAAUUUGGCGCAGCGAAUAAUCAAUACGGUUAUCACUCAUCUGCUCAACUUCUUCCAAGACACGUUCAUCUUUCCACGCAUUCAACCGACCAUAGAGAAAUAUUUUCCUGGAGCACCAUCCUUGAUCGAAAUGAAGGCCAACGUCAGCGCCGCCUUCGCUAAUACUCAUCCCGCCUUCAGUUAUCCUCGAGCAUAUCCACCAGGUGUGGUCGAGCUGGGUGGAAUUCACUGCCGACCUGCUAAACCUCUUGCUCCUUACAUUGAAGAGUUUGUCUCCGCUUCCGGUAAUGAUGGCUUCAUUCUAUUCGGAGUCGGUUCUAUCAUCCCCAUGGAUGAAAUGCCUCGUCAAAUGUUGGACGUCUUUAUUCGGGUAUUUUCCCGAUUACCCCAGCGGGUCGUCUGGCAGUGGAGGGGAAUCAACAAGCCGGCCAAUUUAUCCGACAAUAUUUUAUUACUCGACUGGCUUCCUCAGCAGGAUCUCUUAGGCCAUGAGAAAUGCCGACUUUUCCUCACUCACGGGGGCCUACUCAGCACCCAAGAGGCAAUCUACCACGGUGUUCCCGUUCUCGGCCUACCUUUCAUAAGCGAUCAGUUGCUCAAUAUGGACAAGGCAGUGCGUGACGGGUACGCCCUUCAACUGCGUUGGAAUCAGAUCGAAGAGAAGCGGCUACAUCGCGCAAUCCGGCAGUUGAUUUACAAAGACACGUAUCUAUCAAAUGUCAAACGACGCCAGAGUUUGUUGCGUGACCAGCCUGAAACUCCGCUGGAACGCGGAUUGUACUGGACCGAGUAUAUUGCUCGUCACAAAGGUGCUAAGCACCUCCAGUUGGGCUCACGAGACCUCAAUCGUUUUCAGCGAUCACUGAUCGACGUCUACUUCAUCCUUGCCACCGUUACUAGCCUUUUAAUAUUCGUCUCUUGGCGUUGUCUCCGACGCUUCGAAUUUUUCAUUCGCUUCAUCAAAUUCGAUUUGUUUUAAACUCCAUUAUUUCAUUUUGCACUUCGUUUUGCGAUCUCAUUGUUCUUUGUAAAUUAUCGUUUCAUUGUCGAGUUAAUCUUGCGUUACAUCACGUGAUUUGUCUAGACGAUGAUACUUGUGCAAUCAGCAACAAGUGGCGUCGUCUUCCCUACAUGUCGUUAAAAAAAACGGAAAAUACUAACAUUUAAAGGCAGCGAUAAA